AUGACCCUCAACGACUUCAUUCAGCGCCACCAGAAGAUGGACAAGCGGGAGGUGAAGGCUGAGGGCGUAGACAGUGAUGGCAACCCCGUGACCUUCGAGUACGAGCUGCACGAGAGGAAAUUCAAAGGGCACGAGACGGCCGGUGACGUGGAGGCGUGCUACGAGCUGUCGUUGAAGUUCGUGCGUGAAAUCGAUAAGGAGCUGGAGUGGCGCAUGAGGGACCUGGCGCAUCUGGAGGGGUCGAAGCUGGGAGAGAAGCUGCGGCGGUCAACAAAGGACUUCAGUGGCACCAACCCAGGAGAGGCUCUUUUUGCUGAUGAUGACAAGGAGGGAUCUUCUGACCCUGUUACUUGA